CGGAAUCCUAAGUGGCUAGAGGAAGGGCAUCAUCUCUUUCCCUUUUCCUCUUCCGUAUGGACAAAAGGCUGAGUAGGCCUGAGUAGGUGGGAAGGAUGGACUCUCUCUUGCACCAUGCAAGGUUGCAGCAGUUGGUUGUCCUUUCUUCUGUUGGUUGCUCCACAAUUUCUCCUCGUUCUGGGGAUCAAGAUGAAUAUUCACAAGAAAAUCAAGGAAGAAAAUGGAUUGGAGAAGAUACCUCAUUCUAUUAAGUUAAUUAAAAAGAAUUAUAUUUAUGGCAACCCCAACCAUAAAGUGAAUGUCUAUGUCAAAGUGCACAGAAAUAGCCCAUUUCUAGUCUGCAUGGAUAUCUCCCUUUCACAAAAUGAAGUCAUUGACCCCACCUAUUUAUGGAUCGGGCCAAAUGGACAGAUUCUAAAAGGAAAAAGCUAUGUGAAUCUUACAUCAACUGGAAAAUUGAUGGUGCUUGGUUUUAGAGAGCGCAUGUCCGGAUCUUAUACUUGCACACUUUCUUACAGAGUUUUCCGAAAUGACUUGCGAGCAGAGCAGGAAAGAUUCAAGACAUAUAAAUUUAUGGUUUACGCUUAUCGUGAACCAGAUUAUACAUAUCGAAUGUCUGUUCACUUCGAAACAAAGGCAUGCAACUUAUUGGCAAAUGAUGAGUUCUUUGAGGAGCUAAAGAAAAUUCUGAAUAAUCUGAUUUCCUACCUGACGUGUCAUAUCGCUGACCCAUCGUACAAGUGUCACUCUGUCAAGCGACCCAAACAUGGGAUAGGAACUGAGCUGUUUAUUGUUUUUCAAGUAAACCCAUUUGCUCGUGGCUGGGACGUCAUUUGCCAUCAGCUUCCUGCUGACUGUGAAGAUGUGACCAACAGUCAUAUUCGACAGGCUCGAUGGCUCAUAGAAGAGUUUUUCCGUAGGCAAGAGUCCUUCCUGAAGCACAACUAUAAGAACAUACCCCCAAUCCAUUACAUUGACCAUAGUUUCCAAGUCACUCGUCUGGACAGCUGUCGCCCAGGGUUUGGGAAAAAUGACAUCACUCACAGUGACUGCGCAAAUUGUUGUGUGGCCUGUGACCCUGGGACUUACAGUCCAAACAAUGAAGUGCUUUGUGAGAAAUGUACCGGCCUUCGGAUUAAACACUAUGGAGCAAAAACCUGUUAAAUAAAACCAAAUAUAAAUAAAAGUGGAGAGUAGCUGCA